ACGCGGUGCGACCGUAACGCGUAUUGUUGUGUAAUAACACACUCUAAAAAGUCUACUAUCACAACACCUUAACCUCCUAUGAUGCGUCCUCACCGCAACUCAAUCACAGAUCUCUGAUGAUGGGAAUAAAGGAAGCGUGAGGAAUAUCGAAUCAAAGCCUCACAGCUCCAACUCCCAUAGACAGUGAUAGCAUAAUGUCUGCUCUGCAUCAAGUAAAACAAACUGAAACUGGUCACUGGUCAAUGAGGGAUUCAGAAUUCAGAAUUCACAAUUCUCAAUUCAGAUUGAAUUGGAUUGGAUUUCUUGAUCUUGUUGUUGUUGUUGUCGCCGAUUAAGAAGAUACUAUUUUUGCUGAUUUUCUUUUGCCCCUCAAUACACACUCCAGCGGAGAGGCAAUCGCGGUUCUCUUAGCUUCUGUUUCUAAGGUUCUGACUCUGCCUCCAAUUCCGACUCUGAAUCUGAUUCUGAUUCCGACUCUGGGCCACCAGCGAGCGAUCGGCCUUACGACUUACGAGUGUUGUCGUCAUUGUUUUUCUUUUUUUCUUUUAUUUUUCGUAUUUUCAUUUUCUUAUAUCGCGGUAUAGUGCGCGCCUUGUUGUAUGGUGUGUACCGUGUGUACCUUGUAUACCUUGUAUACCGAUACCUACCUUAAGUAUAAUGAGGCAAAGUGUGCCUGGUUCUUCUCCCACCAUAGCUAUAAAAGCCAUCGCAUAGAAUCAAAAGUGCUCAGUUAAGAAUUUUUGGUAACUUGAAAAAGGCACACGGCGAACCUUCUUCAAGCCCCACCAGUCUAUCUGUCUGCCUGUCUGCCAUAAAUAUUUGCUUCAGACGAUAAAUAGUUUGGUGUUGGCUGCGCUCCGAUUAGGAACUUUUCGAACUUCAACCGAUAUUCUUAAAGAACCUCUUAUAAAUAUAAGAAUCAGUUAAGUGCGCUUUAUAGGAAGACGAAGACCAAGACCACGACGACAACGACUACGAAGACGUGUCGAUCAAGAAAUUAAAAAAAAAAAGUGUCAAGUUUUAUCAAACAAUUUUUUAACCACCUCAAUAAAUCUGUGCUCUAUCUAUCCUGCAAUCAUCCCAAACACUUUAAGGAACUAAAAAUGGAAGUUGCAGUUUUUGACAUAUUAAUUCUCAUCAUUGUGAUCAUAUCGUUCGGUGCUUACUUAAAAGUGAUUUAUGAAUGUUUUCGCAAAGCCCGAGUUACGACAACACAAUUUGGCAAAGUCCAAGGACAGGGACAACAAGGACACACCAUCCAAAGGACCACUGGCGAAACAGUAACCCGUGAAUAUAAACAAGCUCCAGGGCCAAUUCCAUGGCCAGUUCUAGGCAAUUUGGCAAUGUUGGGUAAAUACAAGGUGCCAUUUGAAGCAUUUACCGCCAUUGCCAAGGAAUAUGGUGAUGCUUAUACACUGACUCUUGGGACAACCCGGUGUUUUGUGGUCAACAAUUUAGAACUUAUUCGGGAAGUGCUCAAUCAGAAUGGAAAGUUCUUCGGUGGACGUCCUGACUUUUUGCGCUAUCACAAGCUAUUUGGCGGAGAUCGUAAUAAUUCUCUUGCUCUAUGUGAUUGGUCUCAAUUGCAACAGAAACGUCGUAAUCUCGCCCGUCGCCAUUGUUCCCCACGUGAUGCUUCAUCGUACUUCUCCAAAAUGAACGAUGUCGGUUGCAUUGAAAUGCAGGAAUUCAUGGACAUGCUGGACAAACGCAUUGUGCCCGGUCAAGAAAUCGAAAUCAAGCAGUUUAUUCAGCAAACCUGUGCCAAUAUGUUCAGCCAGUAUAUGUGUUCGGUGCGUUUUGACUAUGAUGAUGUUGAAUUCCAAAAGAUCGUCUGGUGGUUCGAUGAGAUCUUCUGGGAAAUCAAUCAGGGCUACGCUGUUGAUUUUCUGCCCUGGUUAGCUCCGCUGUACAAGAAACAUUUACAGAAAAUCAUCAAUUGGUCAACUGGAAUUCGGAAAUUCAUAUUGGAACGUGUGAUCAAUGAUCGUGAGCAGAACAUCGAUCUGGAUGAACCGGAGCGAGAUUUCACCGAUGCACUAUUGAAGAGUUUGGCGGAGGACAAGAAUGUUUCGAGGGACACGAUUAUAUUCAUGUUGGAAGACUUUCUGGGUGGACACUCGGCUGUGGGAAAUUUGGUUAUGCUGGCCAUCGCCUAUGUUGUGAGGAAUCCAGAGGUUGGAGUGAAGAUUCAAGAGGAAGUUGACAGGAUCACUGAGGGAGGAAAGCGUUUUGUGAACUUUAUGGACAUGGAAAUCAUGCCCUACACAAUGGGAACGAUUUAUGAGACUCUCCGUUACUCCUCGUCUCCGAUUGUGCCCCAUGUCGCCACGGAAGACUCAGUCGUCUCCGGGUAUGGAGUGACCGCAGGAACUGUGGUAUUCAUCAACAACUACGAGCUCAACACAAGUCCGAAGUACUGGGACGAGCCGGAGAAGUUCAAUCCCGAAAGAUUCGUUGAAACUGUUCCACCACCGUCGUCGAUUGCCACAAAACGAAAGUGCUCGGAAUCCUCAGAUUCAGGAGUCGACAGCGAAAAGGAAUCCACCAGAACAACAACAAAGAUCACCGACAUUGAAAUCAAAUCAACAGAGAUUCCACAGCAACAGACCCGCCUCAAAAAGAACAUCCCACACUUCUUGCCAUUCAGCAUCGGAAAGAGGACAUGCAUCGGACAAAACCUCGUCCGAGGGUUCGGCUUCAUAUUGCUGGCGAACAUUCUUCAACGCUACAAUCUGCACUCAAACGAUCUGAGCCAAAUCCAAACAGUCCCAGCCUGUGUAGCCCUUCCCUGCAAGGGUUUCCCCCUAGUCUUUACGCCGAGGGAAAACGCUCCUAAAAUAUAAUAAAAACCAUCAAUCUCAAUAAUUCUAGGUUUAGACAAAUUUCUAAGUAUCUCAAAACAUGCACAAUUCUAACUCUCUCUCAAUUUUCAAAAACCCUCAAAACUUAAAACUCAAAAAGAUCGAAAAGCGGGAACUCAAUGAAAACUUAAAAUAAUUAUAUACGUAAAUCGGGUUUAUGGCUGCGGGUUUUGGAAAAACACAAAAACAAAUGACUUUUCUCUCAAACAAAAGAAAACUAAAAUUGAAACUUAAAAAUCUCAUAGAUUAAUUAUUAAUUAAUUGAUAUUUGACUUAAAUAUGUUUAUCUCAUAGAAUAAUUUUUGUUAUUAUUAUUUUUUUUAUUAUAUUAUCUACUUUUUACUUUACCCGCAAAUACUAUCUCAUUUUUAUUAUUAUUAUAAUUAUUAUUAUUAUUAAUUUGUUGCUA